AUGUCUCAUAAAUAUUAUAGCAUUAGUACAAAAGUGUCUAGUUCAGAUAAUGUGAAAAUAAUUAGAAUAUAAUCUAAUAAAAAUCAUAAAUCUCAUAAUAAUCUAAUAAAUCCAAAUAAAAUAGAUCCUGAAACUUUGAGUCAUUAGAAUAAUUAAUUGAAAUCCUAGAUCAACUCUUUAUCUGAUGAAGUUUAAGUUUGGAAAUUAAAAUAUUAAUAACUAUAAGUAUUCAUUGAUUUAAGAAUAGAGAGACUCUACUCAAAAUCUGAUGUUUGAUAAUAGCAAAACAUUUUUAAUUUCCCUAAAAUAGUAACUGAAAAAAUUAGAAUCAGAUUUAAGUGAAAAAAUCAAAUAAAUAGAAGAAUAUAAAAAGAUGAUUAAUGUCACUAAAUAUUAAGAAUUGCAAGUAUUAUUCAUUUUAUGAUCUUAGGUUGAAUUAUUUAAUUAUUAAUAAUAAGUACUCUUAUAAUAAUAGGAGAUAAAAGAUUUAAAGGAAUAAUUAUAAGAAAAUUAAACUUUUAAAAUAGAUGAUCUAUAUUAAAAGCAAGAAAAAAUAAUUUAGAAAUUAUCAUAAAAGAACCAUGAACUUAAAUCAGAAAAUACUACUAUGAAAACAGAGAGAUAUUUUUAAAAUGGAUAAAUUGAAUCUUUAAAAACUUAAUUGAUUAUUAAAGAAAAAGAAAUUAAAAGAUUAGUCUCAAUAUAAAAAUAAUUAGAGGAGAAUUAAUAAUUUUAAAAUUCUAUAACUAAAUCAAGAUAAUAAAUUUUUAGAGAAUCAAUUGAGAAUGCUUAAUUAUAAGAGUAAUUGAAAAAUUUAGAAUUUCGUUAUUAAACAGAUAUAAAAGAUAGAGAUUAAGAAAUAAUUGAUUUAAAAUAAUAAUUGAUAGAAUAUGAAGAAUUAAAAAAAUAAUUAGAAAAAUAUUAAUAUAUUUCAUAAGAAUAAAAAAUCAAUUAGUUUGAUAUAUAAAAAGUGGAAUCUAGAUAAGAUUCUACUCGUAAAUUAAAAAUAUCACUUAAUAAUUCAGGUAUAUCUUAAUAACAAUAAAAUUAUUCAGUUUUAAGAUAAUCUAGUUAAUAAUAUAAAUAGAGUAUAUAAAUGGAUUUAUCUAAAAUAUAAAAUACAGAAUUUACUAAAUAUUGUAAUGAAAUUGAUGAAAGUGAAAAAUAAUUAUAAUAAAGUAAUAGAAAAUAAAAAAAAGUUAUAAGAGUUAAUUAAUAUGAUGUAGCAUAAUUUGGUUUAGAAAUAAAAUUUAAGUUAUUAAGUAAAGAAGUUUCAAUCUAAGAUGUUGAAAUGUUAUUUGAAAAAUAUGAUUAAUAAAUUAAAAUACAUGAAUUAUUAGAUUUAUUGCUUUAAGAACCAUUUAAAAUUUAAAGUUAUGAAUAGAGAAAACUUAUUGCCAGAUAUUUAAUUGAAGAUAAUAAUGAAGAUUAUGUUGUAUAUGAUGCUUUAAGAAGUAAUGAAAUCUAAAUUGUCUUAAGUGUUUUUAAGUAAUUAAUUGGAAAAUAUGAAUUAUUUACAAAAAAGGAAAUAUAUUCAAUAGAAAAUGAAUUGAAACUUAUAUUUGAGAAAUAUCAAUUUUAAUUUAAUGAUACCAUUCAAUAAUUAAUUGUCAAAAAAAAACACUUAAAACCUGGUUAAUGUGAAAAAGCAGAUUAUGAAUAAGCUAUCAAAUUUUCAGAAUUAAAUCUAACUCCCAGGUAAUUAGAAUAUAUUUAUUUUAUUAAUUAUACAUUUUUCCAGGAUUUAUACAUAAUUUACUAUCAAAAUGUGAUGACAUAUUUUAAUAAAUCCAAAUGA